AAAAGAGGGCAAGAUAUUAGGAUAAAAGUAAUUUUCUAAGAAAACGUAAAAUAGGAAAGAGAAAUAAAAUUAAGUCACUUUGCUUUUGGAAGAAAGGUUUUUACUCGUUUAGAAAAUUUUGUGAUGGACUCAUGAGUAAUUUUAAAUGUAAAAUCGUAAAAAAAAAAAAUUAAAUAUAUGUGCGCAUAAAAUUCGCGAUUAAAUAUAAUUUAACAUCAACUAAAUGUUUCUAGUGUUGUUUUUACUAAUGUUAAUAUUGGAUUGGGUAAGCGCUUGAGUGGAGUUGAGCAGAUAAGCAUGAGCGAUAACUUCUCAGAAGGUGUGUCGCAGUCACACAGUACCACAUCAGAUAGCUAAAUGCUUCAACGCGAAUAUGAUAAAAUGCACGAUUUGGAAGCAAAUAGAGAUAGCGUUAAUUUUCUUAUUAAAAAAUUAUGCUUAAGUGUUUUACAAGAGUAUCCAUUAACAACAGAUGAGAUAGUCGUCGCUCUACCUAAACUAAAAGCAUUAGCGUAUGAAAUUUUACUGAAAAAAACGGCACGAUCCUAUGUGGAAGAAAAUGAAAAUUUCGAACCUCAACGGGCUUUGGAUAUACAAAUAUUCGCUGCGAAAUUGUAUGGUCGUGGUAGGCCAGGAACUUGUAGUAAAUUUAAAGACUUUCAAGAAUAUGUGAAAAUCGUCGAAAAUGAAAAAUAUUUCCAAGAAGAUAGCGGUAAAGGAAUAUUGCAAUUUUUAUUGGCACUGCAGGGACACAUUGUCGAAGAAUCUAAGAGGCUCAACAUGGAUUGCUCGAAGUUAUUAAUACCUGGGCCUUUUACACUACAUGCUAACUAUCAACAAAAUUCCUACUAUCCGCUAUUUGAUGUCUGUAACAUAAUGGAACCCACUCCUAAAUACUUUCAAUCGUUGAGUGACCUAAAAUCGAAAACAAAUCCUUAUCUGCCGAAAUUUUUGUUUGCGGGUGAAAAAAAUCAAUUGGAAAAUCUUUUUAAAAAGUUUGACGAAGGAAAUUAUGCACAAUAUAAAAAAGCGGACUGCACAUUUACUGGUUUAACAAGGCGAUUGCUCGGAACAUGUUUAGGUGUAAAUCUGAAAGCUUUUCCUUUGCCAGCAGCCAAUAGAAAACAAUCAAAAAUGAUCAGCCCCAAGGGCAAAUCUUUGUUAUAUGAAGAAAGAGAUCUCAGAGAAAAACCUCAAGAACUGAAACGAGUGUUUUCUUGGAACUGGGAGGCCUUAGGCUGUUUUGGCGUUGUUUGUUCAAAACCAUUUGCGGGAGAAGCUAACGUAACCCUACUCCUGCAAUCUUACAUCAAUCAGCAGGAGAGAAAAGAAUUUAAAGCCAGAAUUUUAACAAUGUCACAAUUUUUAAAAGACUUAAAGUCGCUCACAGUCGGUAUACAAUCGGAUACAUUUCAACACGACGAAUUAAUAAUAUUCUCAAUGCAGCCGCACGUUACUCUGGAGGGCAUUUUACCCGCAACUUUAUUACAUUUUGUAGAAGAUUUUCUAGAGUGCGGCACAUGCUAUAAACGUCUGCAAACUAUGAUUAUGAAAAGGAAUUAUAAAUUAAUGUUUGAAGGAUUUAUAUUUAAAGCCCUAUGCAGUGCGAUCGAUGAGUAUCUAUUAACCUUUCGUCAGUACGUCUUCAGCAAAAAGGAUGAACAUUUAAUGGAGUUUUACAAACGUAUGAAAAGGAUGAUGAAGCAAUUAAUAAAUCUUUCUUACACGCUGGCCAUACAUCCAAAUGUCGACAUCAAUACUAAACCUCCUAUGGGAUCAAAGUUCUUAGGUUAUCUCUAUUGUGAAAUAAUGCGUCUAACUGAGAAGGACUACAUUACUUUAUUGAUUUUCAUUUUGAAGCGCUGUUGCCACGUUUAUUUCAAACAUUUACAGAAAUGGAUUUAUUAUGGCCUUUUAGAUGAUCCCUGCAAUGAAUUAUUUAUUAAUUUUGUUGAUCAUUAUCGUCAAAAUACGAAAUACUUUUACGAUAAAGCCUACUUCGUACGUAAAGAAUCUAUACCGGGUUUCUUUCAAAACUACGAGGACGAAAUAUUGCAAUGUGGAAAAUAUACUAUGCUUUUGAAAGCCUACAAGCCAAACCAUCCCAUUUUUGAUUUGGAAUAUCCAGGCAUUUCUGUUUGUUUGUCGUUCGAUGAAAUUCAGGAAUUGGAAUUGGUAUGCAUUCGGUACCGUGAGAAUGCUCGACGAGUAUGUGCAAAUCCCGUAACUAUACGUGAGAUAUUUGAAAGAAAAGCUGCAAAGAAACGUGAACUCUUCCAACGUAUGGCAGAAAGAUCCAAAGCUAACUUGGACCGUUGGACGGAAGAACAACAAGAGAUAGCUCUCAUUAUCGCGAAAAAGAAAAAGAAACGUUUACAAGAGUUGACAAAUCAAUUGCAGGACGCUAAGCAGAGGAAAGUACAAGAACGUAAAGUAAAUGUUGAGCUUCAACUACGUUAUUUACACGAAGCAGAGAAAUUGCAGGAGCAGCGUUUACUUGGGGAAAAUAUAAAUUUACGUAAACGUAUUGAAUACUAUCAGGAACUUAGUGAUAUGAUGAAGGAUGAAGGCAAAGUGAUCGCAAUUUCAACAGUGGACGCAACGCCAAAUCUUACAACUUUGCAACUAUUGAAUGAUAACGAAACACCACGUGGCCCACCGUUAGCGACUCCAAGCAGUACGGGUACGCCUGGGACGGACUUUCAAUCGUGCUUUGAUGAAGAUGACGAACAAAUUAAUGAUGAUGAUUGCGAUUCCGAAUAUGAAGAAUGCAUAUCGGAUGACUUCGUUGAGAAAUUUGCUGAUUGCGAAAAACAUUUGGCAGCUCUCUACGAUAUCAAUGAAGAAGACGAGGAGAAUGCCAACGAUUUACUAAAUCAAGCAUCGGCAACCACCCUAGUGCCUUUCACAAAAGAAAACGAAAAAGGCUAUGUCAAUCUCGAAGAACCGACUACAGGCAUAACCCGUACUGUCUCAGACGUAUUAAAUUGUAAUGAAUUGCCAGGAUCUUUCUUAACAGACGCUCAACAAAAUCGUUUAAAAGCUUUGGACGGCACUAAUUUGAGCCAAUGUAUAGUACAAAUAGAAACGAAUAACGAUUCUUAUUUGUUAGGUUAUGGUUCUCGCUUAAAUCUAAGCGAAGCUCAACGAAACCGCUUAAAAGUUCUCGAUUCCGAAUUUGGUAUGCUGUCGAUGGAGAAAAUGACGCCCGAUAUUAAUCUAAAUAACUUGCCGGAAUGUGAGUUAACCGAUUUGCAACGUAAUCGGCGUCGCAUGAUGCAAACUGAUUUAUUUAGUGAAUACAAUAAAGAUCCGUUGGAAGCCCGUACAAAUCUCUUUUUUAAUUUGAAUACGGAGCGAGCACGUAAUCGCCAGAAGAUUUUGGCAAGCGAAUUCGACAUCCAAACUGGUAUUCCAUUCGUAGAGGGAAGUUCGUCAUCUCUAAUAUGUGAAUCAAUUACCUCGCCCAUGUCUACCACAUCGGAUGAUGUGCUAUCGGCUGUCGAUUCAUUUUCAUCUAUCGGCACUCGACAGCAAAAAGAUAUUGAGAAUGGUAAUCUGGCAGAUGUCUUUAUGAAAACAAGCGAUCUUUCGUGUGCGACAUAUUUGACCGAUAUGAAAUGUGAAUUGAAAGUGAAUACGAAACUGGCAAACGAAAAUAAAUUCUUAAGUGUGCCCACAGGUACUUCUUUUGCGGAAUUUACUCCUGAAAGUGCUCUCAAUACAGUAGGAUAUCUGUAUAAUCAAGGCUUCAUAUACCCCUCUCAGCAGCAGGGAUAUACAUACGAUAAACAACAGCAAACCAUCCUUACAGAUAUUGCCGAUUAUAAUGAAUCGCAGCAUAUAGAUGACGCCUGCCCCAUACCUGACUACACAGAUCCGUACAAACGGUGCACUCAACUUUUACAAAGUAACUUUAAAUGCAAUACGCUUAGCGCGUACAUACGUCUGAAUAGUGCAAAGAAAGAACAGUGUACAAAACCUUCUAAACUGGCGCCGUUAAAUUGCAAGGGAAAUAAUAACAAUAUAAGUGUUAUAACAUUAACUGAAUUUCUACAAAAGUCCGUUAUUAUACCGCUAACCACUCACUUGGAGCUAAUUAAUAACGAAGUGAUGCGAAUGUGUCUGGAAGACUUACUUAUUUUAGACCAUUUUCGCAGUUUACGGAAUUAUUACUUUUUAAUGGAUGGAGAGUUCGGUGCCAUAAUUUGUGACGGCAUUAUUGGUAAAUUGGAAGAUGGCGCCUCACCCGAAAUCCUUCUCAACUAUCAGAUGUUACAUUCAAUAUUGGACAACGCCUUGGGUUCAAGUAUAACAGGCAACGAUAAAAAUUCUGAAAAUCUUUCAUUUGUGAUUAACGAUGUGCCGCAAAGUUUUGAUUUAUUGUCACCGAACGUUUUAAAUAACCUCUCGUUAAGUUAUCGCGUUGAUUGGCCAUUAAAUUUAAUACUAAAUCCAGAAACUAUAGAACAAUAUGCUAAAAUAUUCAAAUAUUUAAUACGAGUAAGACGGAUAAGUUGGAUAUUGGAAAGAGCAUACCAGAUAUUGCAGCAAACUGUUAAAAAACAUGGCAAUUGUAUAUUAAAAGCGCCACAAUACCGUCAUGUACAGUUGAUCAGGCAUAAAUUCUAUCAUUUCGUGCACACUCUACAAAAUCAUAUAACCGCGAAUGCUUUGCAAGCGUCUUGGAAAACAUUUAAAGAUGAAUUACUAGCUGCUAAGACCAUUGAGGACAUAUAUCGUAAACAUGCCGUAUAUAUAAAACGUAUACUAUUCCUGUGCAUGCUAAAUAAACGUAGUGCCGAGUUCUAUAAUACCAUCGAGAAUAUCUUUAAAAUUUCGUUGCGGUUUUACAACAAUUUAAAAAGUCAUGAAUUUACACUAAGAUCCGGUAGUGAACACUUUACCCAUUCGCGGUAUGACAGACUGAUCAGCGAUGAAAUGGAAUUUGAUAAAUUCAUCAAAUAUACCAUAUAUUUGGGCAAUAAAAUUGUACGUUACGGCUACCAAGCGGAGAUAGGAGAAUUCAUUGGCCUGAUCAAUUACAAUCAAUACUAUAUGCAGAAUACUUAUUAGCGCGGCGUUCAUUAACAAAAACUUACCUUUGCAAGUAUUGUGACAAAAAUCGCAAAAGUAUUAUUUCACUUUUAUUAUUAUUAUAUUAUAUUAUGUAUUAUAGAAAUUAAUUUGUUUUUUUAACUUAACUCUAAACUAACCAUCUGCACGAUUUCCUCAUAAUCAUUUUCCGUUUUUGUUAAAUGAAAAAUUAAACGCUUGUUAUUCAUGGAAUAUUUUUUUAAAUAUGAACAGAAAGCGUUUUGUAUGAUUAUUUCAAUGAGAAGGUUCUUGCGUAAUCUCGAUUUAUUUGUUGGUCAAAUUAUUGCAUAAACUUUGUAUAUUUACCAAAU